GUCCAGACAACAAAAGCCUCGCCCCCUUUUUAUUCAGUAGAAGGGCCAACAGACUAUAAGACGAACUAGAAAAUCAAGCGAAAUGGCUGACACCUGGAACUUUCCUAACUUCAUGCGAGCAGUAGUGAGAGAAUUGUCAGAUAGUGUCACAAACUCUUCAUACACUGGCGGCCGGGCAUCCAAGGAACCCUUGGAUGUGGAGAAGUGCAAAUCGGAGUGGGGGCUCCUGGUGCAGACCAUGCGCGACCUCGGGCUGGAUGUCACCGUUCUCCCCCAGGACCCGGAACGGCCGGACUGCCUGUUCGUGGACGACCCUUGUGUGGUGAUCGGGGACACGGCACUCAUAACACGGCCUGCAGACGAGACUAGGCGGGGAGAGGUUAGCCAUGUACUAGUAGUUUGGAUUUGCUUUAUUUGAUUCAAGCGAUGAACA